CCGCAUUCCCCAGCCGGUCGCCCGUGACUCAGGGGCCCAGACGGAGCUCCCGGCCGGCCGGAGCCGAGAGUGAUGGGAAGCAAAGGAACUUGGGACAUGGAGUGCAACGGGAGCGCGAUUGUGCCAGAAGAAAAGCACAAGCAGCAGGAGGAGGAGCUUCAGGACAGAGGACAGUGGACCAACAAAGUGGAAUUUGUGCUGUCCGUGGCUGGAGAGAUCAUUGGCUUGGGCAAUGUUUGGCGAUUCCCUUAUCUCUGUUACAAGAAUGGAGGCGGUGCCUUCUUCAUCCCGUAUCUCAUCUUCCUCUUUGUUUGUGGGAUUCCUGUCUUCCUCCUGGAGACGGCCCUUGGGCAAUACACCAGUCAGGGUGGGGUCACUGCCUGGAGAAAGAUCUGCCCUAUCUUUGAAGGAAUCGGAUAUGCCUCACAAGUCAUUGAAUCCUAUCUGAAUAUCUACUACAUUGUCAUUUUAGCAUGGGCCCUGUUUUACCUCUUUAACUCCUUUGCAGCUGUUCUGCCCUGGUCCCACUGCAACAACCCCUGGAACUCAGUUUAUUGUGUGGACAUUCUGAAUGGAUCCAGUUUGGAGAAUGGGACACAGCCAACAAAUGCCUCUUCCCCCGUCAUCGAAUUCUGGGAAAGGCGAGCCUUGGGAAUAACGGAUGGGCUGCAUAAUCUGGGCACCGUGCGGUGGGAGCUGGCACUUUGCCUCCUCCUUGCCUGGAUCAUCUGCUACUUCUGCAUCUGGAAAGGUGUCAAGUCCACUGGCAAAGUGGUCUACUUCACUGCUACAUUCCCUUACCUGAUGUUACUCAUUCUGCUGAUUCGAGGAGUUACUCUGCCUGGUGCCACAGAAGGGAUCAAGUUCUACCUGAACCCAGAUGUUUCUAGACUGGCAGAUCCCCAGGUAUGGAUGGAUGCAGGCACUCAGAUCUUCUUCUCUUAUGCCAUCUGCCAGGGAUGCCUGACAGCCUUAGGCAGCUACAACAAGUACAACAACAACUGCUACAGGGAUUGCUUUAUGCUCUGCUUUCUGAAUAGCGCCACCAGCUUUGUGGCUGGCUUCGCCAUUUUCUCUGUGUUGGGCUUCAUGGCAGAAGAGCAAGGUGUGCCUAUCGCAGACGUGGCUGAAUCAGGUCCAGGCCUAGCCUUCAUCGCCUACCCCAAAGCCGUCACCAUGAUGCCCAUUCCUCCGUUGUGGGCCUGCUUAUUCUUCCUAAUGCUGAUCUUCUUGGGUCUGGACAGUCAAUUUGUCUGUGUUGAGAGCUUGGUGACAGCCAUUAUUGAUAUGUACCCGCAAAUCUUCCGUAAGAAAGGGCGGCGGGAACUGCUGAUCUUGGGCAUUGCAGUGAUAUGCUACCUUCUUGGCCUACUGCUGGUCACUGAGGGCGGAAUGUACAUCUUCCAGCUGUUCGAUUAUUAUGCAGCCAGUGGCACCUGCCUCCUCUUCCUUGCCUUCUUUGAAGUCACCUGCAUUGGAUGGGUUUAUGGAGCAGACCGUUUCUAUGACAAUAUUGAGGAUAUGAUUGGUUACCGGCCAUGGCCCCUGAUUAAAUAUUGCUGGCUCUUUCUCACACCUGGCAUGUGUCUGGCGAUCUUCUUGUUUUCACUGAUUAGAUACACACCGCUCAAAUACAACAAUGUCUAUGAGUAUCCACCAUGGGGGGCUGCUAUUGGCUGGUUGAUGGCUCUCUCCUCUAUGAUCUGCAUUCCAUUCUACAUUGUGUUCAUGCUCCUGAAAACCAAAGGGCCAUUAAAGCAGCGGUUACGUCAGCUCACUGCUGCUGCAGAUGACUUGCCCCAGCCAAAGAAGCACCUGACUGACUUCUCUGGACAGCAGGAGAUCUGCAAGCCAGGAGACCAAUGUCCAAAAAAGGAGUUGCUCAUCAUGACAGAGAAGGAAACCUACUUCUAGAGCUCAGCAGGCAUCUUCUGGAAAAAGGUCCUUCCUUAUUUCUGGUGGCGUCCGUUUACACCUGAGUUGAGGUGCUACCCGGACUUCAGAGUUCCACUACUUGCCAGAUACGGGGUCACUGAAGACGGCAGCAUCUUCUAUCCUUUGCACUUUCCUAGCAGCUGAUUGUAUACAUCAGAGGGGAGCCAUUGUUUUAGAGCUGAGCCAAAAGUACUCAGAAGAUGCAUUUCUGAGGACAUGUCUCAGAUUUUUCUUUUUUACCCCCACCUAGAAAAAGAAAGCCACUUGGCAGAAUUUUCUCCAAAUAUUCUCCACCUUAUUUUUUUCUACAAGGUGGUUGUCAUUCAUCCCCCACCCCUGCACUCAUAAAGACAUUGUGGAGGAUAUAAAAUGGAUGCCAAAACAGCUGUUCAUAUUGCCUCCUGCAGUAGUUGCAGAAGAAGAAACCAGCUUGGGAAAAAAGUAUCUCCACAAAAAACUCCAGUUGUUUUCACAUCAGUAGAACAGCUAUUGUGGAAGUGAAAAAUUGUAUGUGAGGGGCCAUACCUCAGGGACUACCUGAAAUCCUUUAAACUAGCAGUGGCAGGGACUGAACUAGUGGCCUUCAGUGUACCAUGCUUGUAUGCCACCACUGAAAUAUACCCUGCUCUUUUUAUUAGAAAUAAAUCAGCAGCAAGAAGAGUUUUUCUGGAAAAGAUAGUCUCAACGCUGCUCACUCUAAGUCCCCAUUCAUUCAUUGCCUGCCACCUCCCCUCCUUGGUGAAAUAUUUCAAAUUCUUUGAAAACCUGACUCUUGCAAACUCUACAAAUUAUACAAAAAGGGCUAGCUCAGCCAAAUUUGCAUAGUCUAAUCUCAGGAUGUGUGCUUCUUUGGCAAAUUUGGUGGGUUACUUUUUUUUACUUGCUAAGAAGUUUACAUAGAUCUGCUACGGGUGCAUUAAAAGAAACCUGAUGACAAUUCCCUGUUUGGACUUUAAAAUCAGAGCUGAUCACUCAGCCUCUCCCAUUACAUGAGGGCCUGAAGGAAAAGCAGGUGAUCAAUUGGAAGCAAGAAGAGUUUGUCAGAAAAAGAACACGUCAAAGCCACUUAAGAUCUUUUUUCCUUUGAGAAGACACUAAGGAAAAAAAGCUGACAGUGCUUCAGCUCAAAUAUACCUCACUUGGUGCAGCUCCAUGUGACAUCCUUGGAUUGUUGGAAAACUUGAGAAAUGCAAAUCAAAUGGAACUGCCCUAAAUGAAAUGCCAAAACUUGGUUAGCUUGCAGCAGGACCAGGCAGCAGAUGCCACAGUUGACGUCUCACCAGACAGUAGCUUAACAAUGGUGCUGUGAAAGGCUUAUGUGUGGUUAAUGACAUGGAAGUCAUGGGUGCAAAUGAAAUACAUGUCAGGCUGGAAGAAUGAAUAUGGUGUGGGGAGACUGUUUUGCCUUUUGUUUCUUGUGCCUCGGUUCACUCCUUUGCAAGGUCCAUUUGGUACCCUCACCUUUCCCAACCUGUUGCCCUCCAGAUGUGUCGGACUGAAACCCCUAUAAUUAUGGAAUUGUAUCUGGAGGGUAUUAGGUUGGAGGAGGCUGUGAUGACCUUGACACCAAAAGGAAACUCCUCUUGCACCAUCAGUGUUUUCAGAGAACUUGUAGCCAUGUUACAAGUUUUUUUGUUUUUGCAGCAGAAAAACAAGUGGGCUUGUGAAAACAAAGAGGUGUGUGGCACUUGUUCUUAUUUAACAUGCCUCAGGAUUCUUGUUUGUACAAGACCAUUAAUACUGUGGCACAAAUUUACGUCACAAUUCUUUGCAUACCUUCUCAGGAGAGUCUGCCCCCCGACCAAUGGGAUUUAUUUCCAAGCAAGAAUACAUUAUCACUGCAGCCAUGUUCUUUACCCAACAAGCACUCCUGGCACACUGAGUUGAUGUUUUCCUUGAGCAUCAUGUGUUAGAUGACUUCUAAAAUGUUCCACAGACAGCUUGGUUGAACAGGGUGCAUCAUGGUCACUGCUCCCAAUAGCUGCAUUACCACUUAGAUGUCACAACACGUCCUGGGCAUGCAAAGCCAUCUUCCGUCUCGUGAGUCCCAAGACCAGCUGCUGCAAGGAACAGCCUUAUUAAAGAUCAGGCCAACUGUUCUGGCCAGUUAGCUGCUUUGGUAAUUAUCAUAUAGAUAUGAGAGAAGCCUGUUAAUAUGCAAAGAUUAGACCACAUGUCCUGUCCCAACAAUGGAAAGGACAAAAAGGUUGAAGAGCAGUUAGAUAUGGGACCAGUCUUGGCAUCUCCACUCAGUGCCUUAGGCCCUUGCACUAGGCAGCUAUGUCUUCAGGCUGCCAUUUUUGAUGUCUCUCAAUGCCCCAAACCAGGGAACCACAUGACCUUUACAUGUGGCUUAUAGCCUACUAUGGCUUAUAGUCAUAAGAUAAGUCCAUGGCUGGAAGCCCACCAAUAUGGUAUGGGCACCACCAAAGGACCCUCUGCCCAGUAUGGGACAGCCAUGCUUCUCUGGUAGAAAAAUACACCUUUUGUAUGCAUUCACCUGGAAGUAAGUCUCAUUGAACAUGCAUAGGAUCUGCUUGUGAAUGAGCAAGGACUAGAUUCUUGGGCUGUCACCUCCAACCGGAGGGAAGAAAAGCUCUAAAUUUCAAGGAGACCAUAAUCCUAUUCAGGUUGCAGGUUUCAUAUCUAUGGGUACUGAAUGUGGGAAGGGGCAAGCGGCAAUAUAUGGGACUAAUCAUAUCCUUUCUGUGCCACUGUGGUGCAAGCCACAUUCCCCAGUCAAUGUCUGAUCAAUCCAACCCCCCAGACUUUUUAUACGUGAAUGUGUGGAUUUUCUAACAGGGAUGGGUACCUUGCUCGGGCAGGGUCCCCAGCACUGUGGAGGAAAGCCCAUGUGCCCAAGCACUGGAGAACUUCAGACUGGGUCAAUUGUCCAUUGUCUGUGGAGUGUGGCCCAAACACCUGUCAUCAUCAAAAUGGAAAGGGGAGCCCUGUGCAUUCCGACUUGUCCCUUCUCACGGGAAAUCUAAAUACAAAUCUUCAUAAAAGCAAUCAAAUUCUUGUUUACAAGAUUUGCAUGUACACAAGACACCCAAUGCAGGGUGCAUUUUUGUACUUAAACCUGCUCAAUAAAUAUGUUUCUUUAA